AUGGAAAAUGGGCUAGGAAAUCAGUCGAACAGGCUCAUUCAAGAUUCGAGACGUACCUUAUAUUUGGAUUACCUUCCUCCGUAUCAAACAGACACUGUUAAUGAAGUUGUGCGAGAAAUUCGAACAGCAGAGCGGGAGUCGCUGGGAAUUUUACAGGCGCUUACGAAUGGAGGAGAAGUGGUUUUUAACCCUAUGGAACAUCCUUCUAAGGCAGCGUCUUUGCUCAUGUUUCACACUUCCAAUUUGUAUAAUAAAAGGUGCUUAAUGGCAUAUCACAAUCUCCGGCUUCGAUGUAUACGACAAUAUUGCUGGAGUGGUGGAAAGCGAAUGGAAGCUUGCAUAGAUACUUCUUUGAAUCAGGCGGAACAGGAAUAUUUGUUUCGGUACUCAGAACUAGUUGCUGCAUACAAAGGACCAUGGGUAGAUUUGGACUUAACAGGGUCGGUAGUGCCUCCAAAGAAUUUGUUUAUUGAUGUUCGUGUUUUAAAAGAUGUAGGCGACAUCGAGACGGAGUUUGGAACCAUUAGUCUCACAAAGAAUUCGCAGCUAUACAUUCGAGCUACAGAUGUUGAACGUUUAAUUGCACAGGGUUAUCUUGCUAGACUUUCUUAG